AUGCAGGUGGUUGUGGACAACGGCGUGGUGCAGGUGACGCUGUCGAAACCGCAGGGCCACAUCACCGGCGUCCGCUACAACGGCGAGCGCAACCUCCUGCACUUCGACGGCAGCGAAAACUCAGGAGGGUACUGGGAUGUGGUGUGGAACUACCGGGGCUCCGAUCAGCCAAGAGGAAUGAUCGACAUGUUGGACAGUACGGAGUUCAAGGUCGUGGUUUCAACUGAGGACCAAGUGGAGCUCUCUUUCAGCAGCACAUACAAUCCGUCACGCCAAGACAGUGUUCGCCUGAAUGUUGACAAGAGGCUUGUGAUGCUGAAAGGCAGCUCCGGUUUCUACUGUUACGCCAUCAUGGAGCACACCAGCGACUACCCUGCUCUCAACAUCUCCGAGGCUCGACUGGCUUUCAAGCUCAACACUGACAAGUUCAACUACAUGGCGAUUUCAGACGACAUACAGAGGUACAUGCCGAGCGCGGCGGACAGGGACGAGCCACGUGGCACGCCGCUGGCCUACAAGGAGGCCGUGCUGCUGGUGAACCCGCAGGAGCCGCAGUUCAAGGGCGAGGUGGAUGACAAGUACGAGUACUCCAUGGACAACAAGGACAACGCCGUCCAUGGCUGGAUCACCGGCGGCGGCGGCCCCAUCGUCGGCUUCUGGGUCAUCACUCCCAGCAACGAGUUCAAGAGCGGCGGACCCAUGAAGCGGGAGCUCACCUCCCAUGUCGGCCCCACCUCGCUCACUAUGUUUCUUGGCACGCAUUACGUCGGGAACGACAUCGUGCUCAGCGUCGGCGACGGCGAGUACUGGAAGAAGGUGAUGGGGCCGGUCUUCAUCUACCUCAACUCCGGCCCCAGCCGCGGCGGCCACGUCAGGGCGCUCUGGGACGACGCCAAGGCGAUGGCGCGUGCGGAGGCCGGCAAGUGGCCGUACAGCUUCCCGGAGUCGCCGGACUUCGCCAAGGCCGACGAGAGGGGCUCCGUCGCAGGCAGGCUGGUGGUCCAGGACACGUUCACGAGCACCGCCGCCGACGUUCCCGCCUUGACGACGGCGUACGUCGGGCUCGCCGCGCCCGGGCAGGCUGGCAGCUGGGCGACGGAGUGCAAGGGCUACCAGUUCUGGACGACGGCGGACGCGUCCUGCGGCGGCGGCGGCGGGUUCAGCUUCACCAUCGGCAACGUCCGGCCGGGGGUGUACAGCGUCUACGCGUGGGUUCCCGGGGUGCUCGGAGACUACGUGUCGGCUUCCUCGGUGACCGUGACUGCAGGCGGCGCCGUGGUCGACCUCGGCGAGCUCGUGUUCCGGCCACCCAGGUCGGGCCCGACGGUGUGGGAGAUCGGCGUCCCCGACCGGACCGCCGCGGAGUUCUUCGUCCCCGACGUGGAUCCCAGAUACGCCAACAGGCUCUUCAUCAACAAGGACAGGUACAGGCAGUACGGGCUGUGGGCGAGGUACGCCGAGCUGUACCCUGACGGCGACCCCGUGUUCACCGUCGGCCAGAGCGACGCUUCCAAGGACUGGUUCUUCGCGCACGUCACCAGGAAGGUCGGCGACGGCGACGGCGACGGCGACGGGCGGUACGCGGCGACGACGCGGGAGAUCCGGUUCACGCUGGACCGCGUGGUGGCCGACGGCACCUACACGCUGCGCGUGGCGCUCGCGGCCGCGCAGAUGUCGAGGCUGCAGGUGCGCGUGAACGGGAGGGGAGGAGGUGGGUUGGCGGCGGAGCUGACGACGCCGGAGUUCGGCGGCGGGAACGCCAUCGCGCGGCACGGCAUCCACGGCGUGGAGUGGAGCUUCGAGUUCCCGAUCAGAGGGUACAUGCUGCAGGAGGGCGAGAACAGCGUCAGCAUCACGCAGACCAGGGCCGCCGGCGAGUUCCUCGGAGUCUUGUACGACUACCUCCGCCUCGAGGCACCUCCCGGGUCAUGGCGAGACCCCACGACGGCGGCGAGGGCGAGGACGAGGACGACGCGGCGUGCGUGAUCGACGAGGACAAGAAGAAAGAGGUUAGUCGGAUAGGUUUGAUCUUGUCACGAAACUUGUCCACCCGUGUUAAAACUCUCGAUUUGUUCUUAGUGUUUGUAUUUUUUAAAUUUGAUGAGUCAUCAAGUUGAGGGUUCGAAGC